AUGACAGCGCCCACGGUCGACCUGGGCACGGUGUUUACAGGGAGCCGCAGCGGUAGGAUUGUGCAGGCACAAGGCGCGACGCGUGCGCUGCGUCCAGAUGAGGUUGUUAUUGACAUUACGCACUCAGGCCUGUGUGGCACGGAUCUGCACUUUCGCAAAGCCAACAUGGUGCUCGGCCACGAAGGCGUCGGCAUUGUGUCGCAGGUCGGCAGCGACGUGAUGGUGCACAAGGUGGGCGACCGCGUCGGCUGGGGCUACAACCACAAUGCGUGCGGGUAUUGCCCCGAAUGCUGGAACGGCAACGAUACUCUGUGCCCCGACCGCAAGAUGUACGGCAGUGCAGACCGCGACUUUGGGAGCUUUGGCGACCGUGCAGUGCUCAAUGCGCUGUUUGUACACAAGAUCCCCGAUGCAAUCUCCCUGCGUGACGCCGGCCCCCUGCAGUGCGGCGGUGCCACGGUCUAUGGCGCGAUUGUCAAUGCCAAGGUCCAGCCGCGUGACCGUGUCGGGGUGCUCGGCCUCGGCGGUCUUGGGCACCUCGCCGUGCAGUACCUGAGCAAGAUGGGCUGCGAGGCGGUUGUAUUUAGCGGUACCGACGACAAGAAGCAGCAGGCGACCGAGCUCGGCGCGAGCGAAUUCGUCGCGACAAAAGGCAACGAAAAGCUCCGUGGCAUCCGACCGCUGAACCACUUGCUCGUGUCCACGAGCCAGCAGCCCGACUGGAAGCGCUACUUUUCGAUUCUUGCGCCUGGCGGCACGGUCGUUCCUCUUACUGUGUCGUCGGGCGAUAUGGUGCACCCCUAUGCGCCGGUCCUCACCAAGCAGCUCACGAUCACCGGCAGCCUUGUCGCGCGCCGCCAGGUGCACCGCGAGAUGCUCGAGUUCUCUGCGCGCCACAACAUCAAGCCGAUGAUCGAGGUGUUGCCGAUGACUGAAGACGGCCUCAAUACCGCGUUCGACCGACUCGAACAAGGCGACGUGCGCUACCGCUUUGUGCUCGAGUCGCCUCGCGCUCAUACCCAUUAUCGUGCGUCGAUCUAG